GAACAUCACAGUUAAUUGCCACGCACACUGUUCGAUCACUUGUCACUCGCGAUCCAAUAGCCGGCGAAUUCCGUCGUCAUUGUCCUUCCAGUCGCGUAGACAGUACGCACGGAAGCGGGAGCAGUGUCGCGAAGAAGGCGAAGAGAAAAAGGACGAUCUUGCGGGAGUGACUGCGGUGCGGUGAAAGUAUUAAUUGCACGUUCGUCGCAAUUUCUCCGUUCCCUCCCCCGCGCGCGUAUCGCCACGAUGGUCAGAGUGUGCGUUAUUAUGCGGCUCGUUGUCGUCGUGUCUGCAUCGAAUUUCAUCGCCGACGCCGACGUGGAUCAUCGCGAGGAGUGGGUCGUCAGGGUACAAGGUGGAUCGCAAGUGGCGUCGCUAUUGGCUGCGCAGUCUGGUUACAAGCACCAUGGCCCGGUUCUCGGAUUCAAGGACACUUAUAUAUGGCUCAAGGACUCUAAUCCAAGUCAAAAGAAGAGAGGAAAUCUUCGUUUAACGAAGGCUCUUGAUGCAAAUUCCAAGAUCGUCUGGGCGGAUCAACAGAAAACCGUGAAACGACUUAAACGCGAUUACAUCUCGUUAGCCGACUUGGAGUCUGAAAAACCGUUAACGAGAGAGAAGCGUCUGCAAUUAAACGCAUACGAAGUUACAUUAAAUGGCGUUAACAGCGAGGAAGAAAAUUACGGCUCUGCCCAUAGGACAAAGAUGUUUAACGACGAGCUUUGGGAUCAGGAAUGGUAUCUGCAAGACACGAGGAUGAAUAAAGCUUUGCCGAAGCUCGAUCUAAACGUCCUACCUCUAUAUCGACUAGGGAUAACUGGUCGCGGGGUAAGAAUUGCUGUUCUCGACGACGGUUUAGAGUACAGUCACGAUGAUCUACGAAACAACUACGAUUCAGCCAUUAGUUACGACAUAAACGAGGGCGAUGACGAUCCUUUUCCAAGAUACGACGUAUCAGGGAUGAACGGUCACGGUACCAGGUGUGCCGGCGAAAUAGCAAUGGAGGCCAACAACCGGAAGUGCGGAGUCGGUAUCGCCUUCGAGGCGUCCAUCGGGGGCAUCAAGCUCCUCGACGGCCUGGUGAACGAUCGUGUGGAAGGCGAGGCCCUGGGGUACAAACCGGGGCUCGUCGACAUCUACACGGCUUCCUGGGGACCGGCGGAUGAUGGAAAAAGUUUGGAGGCACCCGGUAGACUCGCCAUCGAAGCACUCGAGCGUGGUGUAAGGGAGGGUCGUAAUGGUAAAGGUAACAUUUACGUGUGGGCUUCUGGAAACGGCGGUUCCAAAUCGGACGACUGUGCAUGCGACGGAUACGUCGGGAGUGUAUACACCGUGGCUGUUGGAUCGGCCAGUCAAACUGGAAGGUUUCCUUGGUACGGGGAAAGGUGUCCUGCCACGCUCGCCACGACGUACAGCAGCGGCGCUUAUCACGAUCAGAUGAUAGCAACAACGGACCUAAAAAACACUUGUACGACCAGGCAUACGGGUACUUCAGCUUCAGCCCCAUUAGCCGCCGGGAUACUGGCUCUCGCGCUGCAAGUAAACGACGACUUGACAUGGAGGGAUAUUCAGCAUCUGGUGGCCUGGUCAUCGGAGUAUAGUCCUCUCAGGGGAAACUCGGGAUGGUUUAAGAACGCCGCUGGAUUUUGGUUCAACUCGCGUUUCGGCUUUGGACUUAUGAACGCGUACGCGUUAGUAAUGGCAAGUAGUAACUGGACGACGGUGCCGGAGAAGACUAUUUGCAAAGUGGAUAACGUGUAUACCACCGAUAUCAGACUGGUUUAUGGAAAUUCGAAGAAACUCCAAUUCGACGUCGGCGACGUUUGCCGGACAUCGGGAAGCGAGAUAAUCUUCCUGGAGCACGUGGAGAUCGAGGCGAAUCUCGAAUACUCUCGUCGCGGGGCGUUGCAGAUGCAUCUCGCCGCACCCUCGGGGACCUCAAUCCAGAUCUUGAGUCCAAGAAAGCUGGAUAAUUCCGACGCUGGUUUUGCGAAGUGGAAAUUCAUGUCCGUCGCGACGUGGGGUGAAGAUCCCCGAGGAACGUGGACCUUGGACAUAUUUGACGAAAUAGGUCCGGUGCAGAAUAACGGCACCAUUGGGGCAUUUACGCUGAUUUUACACGGCACCGCGCAAAGACCCGAUUAUCGUAGAAAAGGCCCGAGAAUUUACAACGAGGACUACAAUCGCAUACGUAAAACCUACGGCGUGAUCGAGCCGAUUGCAACAAAUUCCGCGCGGGAUGAAUACGAACAAAGCAUGAACAAACAAUCGUCGACGAUUAAUAACGUUUUGGAGGAAUAUUGGUUGCAGAAGCUACUGAAACUACGAUAUCUAAUAUUCUAGUCGUGUUGUUAAAUUAAUGAACGCACAAUUCGGACAAUUACUGUGAUUAUUACAGCGAUAGAAAAUAUAGCGCGAAACACUAUUAUUAAACGAUCGCGUUGCUGUCUGUUAAAAAAACUGCUCCGAGUGAUGAUCUUCAAUUAAAAUGAUUUCGUCCGUCGCCAAAUCUAAAUAUUUAGCUUGCGUCCGUCGACGGGUAACAGAGUCGAGAAGAAAAACUGGCCGAAACAAAAUACGCGCAAACCAUUCCACAAACAUGCGAGACGAUCGAUGCUGUUUAUGUAGUUUACAUUUGCGUUACUGUAAAGUUUCGCUUAGUGAUCGAAAAACCAACGAGACACGGUCAACGUCGGUAAUAACCUCGAGCAGAAAUUUCGCUGCAAAAUAGCAGCGACAUGAUUGCAUUUCACAUCGAUUGGUCGCGAAUAAGAAGAAUUGUCGUCGCCUACACGUAUCGUUUUAAUGUCGAAAAAAGAUCCCCUUGACCUUUUCCAACGUCAUCGCCGACUUUCUACGUAUUUUGUAAAAUCACUGUAUUUAUCAGCGUAGAACAGCAGCUUGAUAACGCAAUCGAGAUAUAUAUCAUAAAUCGUGCGGGUAUAAAUGAGCCAUGCGGAAAAGUGCGAAUAUUAUUAAUACAUCGACGUGCGCUUUUAUUUUCUCGUGAA